UGUAAUCAUUAACAAAACAAAUUCUUUAUUUUUUCACUAGAAAGAACUUUUUUCCGUGUUUUAUUUUUAGCUCCCAGUUUCCGCACCCAGUUCCCAUCAUCCCUCACUGGCUCCACAUCCAAGAUGGCGGCUCAAAUGUUCAGAUUUACAAGAAAGUUCAAUGACGUCAAGUUUGUUAGCAAAUAUCUAAUAAUUGGUGCACAAAAUAACAGCAAAGCUAAAAUAUUCAACCAGUAUACAUGCAGGUGGCUGUCUAACUUGAAUGGACCAAUGCUUAGGGAUAAUUUAGCGAACACAACGUGUGUAAGUUCAGUCAACUUCAAAUGGCUUCCAAACAAGAUGGCAAAACCUUUGUUGGUGAGGUGGCUAGCUAAUGAAUCCAAGGAGAAGAAAGACAGAAGUGUGUUGGGAGAUUUGAUCGAAACACAAGAGCAGCCACAAUCUCAGCUAACAGUAGGUGCCAAAGUUGUUCAGACUGGAAGAGAUGCUACAUAUUUUGGUAUCAUCCUCGUUGGAUUUGCUGUCACUGGUGCUCUGCUAUGGUAUGUGUUCAGUGAGCUCUUCCUUGGUUUCAGUCCUAACAAAGUUUAUGCAUAUGCUUUAAAACAGGUCUUGGCCAACAGAGAGCUUGUUGAGGAACUUGGAGAACCAGUUAUGGGACAUGGUGAAACUAAUCGUAGAGGUCGAAGGCGACAUGUCAGUUACCAAGAAUACAUAGUCGAUGGCGAAAACUACAUGAGGGUGAGGUUUUACGUUACUGGUCAAAAACGCAAAGGAACAGUCCAUGUUGAUGUUAAACAGGGUUCAAGAGGAAAUACAAUUUAUAGGUACAUAUUUGUUGAGCUCACAGAUUAUCCUCAACAGACAAUUAUUAUUUUAGAUAACCGUUGAAAUGUGGUGUUUGGGGAGGGGAGGGAGGGGUUAACUGAUUCUAAUUGUAAUACGACAUUGUAGUGUAAUGUAGUGUGGCCAUUACAACACGGAUUCAUUAUGUUGAACUAAGUACCCACAAGGCGUAGAGAGAUUUGGGGGAGAUGAGGGGAGACGUUUUUUCACGAACCGUUUCCGCCAAAUCCAGAGGAACUCGGUGAAUAUAAGCCACCAUCUAUUUUGUUGGACACGUUUUUUUCAAGCACCAUUCUGAUAGAGCGGUUUUGCUUAACCUGUGAAAUAGUUAGUAGACUAAUAGCGUUUAGUAUAAACCUGCUAAUGGUAUAUCACAAAUCCUGCGCUCCUAUUGGCUUAGCUACUUGUGGUGUAUAGACCCCUUGCAUUGAUUUCCUAGAGGAAUUGUUCUGGGGGACAAAACAAUGGGCCGUCUUUCAUUAUGCAAAAAAAAAUUUCUUUGUCCCCCAAAACAGUUUCUUUCGGGACUCUAAUAGUGAUAGACAAAGACUAUUAGAUAACUGCUGAUGUCAAAAUUAUUAAUCAGUAGGUCUUGCGGAUCAUUAUUUGGCCUUUUUCCCAAAAUCCCCCCAUGAUAUCCUUAAACUACAAGAACUCCUUCUAUUUUUCUUGGUCACUCUUCAUAUUGUCUUCAAAGUCAUUCGUCUCCUCAUUAGUUGACGCGCGCUAAAUAAAGGCACAGGCAGCCCAACCAAGACUACACGCGUUGGACGACUUCGACGCUCGCUGUAGGCCCUUAGCAGUUAACGGUCACGUGUCGGUACUGGAGAGCAAAACUUUUGUGUUUAGGUGAUUCUUUUUAGCUACUUGUAAAGAACUGCAUGAAACGAUGUGUAACCAGUGUGUUGCGAAAUACAGUUCUUUUACGAUCUCUCGAAACAGGUUGUAGAAAGUUUGUUUGCUCUCCAGUAAAUUCCACCCAUGGGAAUCUAAAUAUUUAUUCAUACGCUCUCAGGGAAUUAAUCAGCACGUUUACUGAGCUGCAAAGGGCCCGCCUAUUACACUUGCUUCGCUAGUGACUCUGUGAAGUCCAAUUAUCUUUGACCGAGUGAGGAUUAGGGCCAAGCCGUGAAACCCCAAAAGGGGAGGGGAUGGGCGUCUUUCUUAGCUCCCUCCUCUUGGGAUGUUAGACUAGCUUGCUAAUACAACACAAGCACCAAACAGCGACCAAGAGAAAUAGCAGCCGCACUGCUCGCCGUCAACACUAUACUAUACACAGUGACGUCCGUACUAUAAAUGAGUCUAAUGAUUAAAAAAAGAUUCUUUAUUC